GACAUGAGGGAAUGUGGGAAUGAGGACGAGAAACAUCAGUCCUUGAGAUCUGAAGGAAAAGGAGCGCAUGGGACAGUGACAGGAAGAGACUUACAGCAGAAUUAUGAGCAGGGAGAGAGCUCAGAGAGGCCUCCAGGAAUCCACUCCACCAUCUCUUCUGUGGACGCAGAUGUGGAGUCAGCCCAAAAGAGCAUCAGUGAUAAGAAAAACACAGACUCUACAGAACUAUUUGGACAUUCAGGUCAGAAAAGGCAUCAGCGUACCUGGACAGAAGAGAACUCACAGGCGUGUUUGGACUGUGGCGAAACCUUCAGUGAUGGGCCUAGUCUUCUUGCGCACUUCAAAACCCAUGCACAAGACAAACCCUACAAGUGCUUGGAAUGUGGGAAGAGCUUUAAUAAGAAGUCGCACCUGAACAACCACCAGACAAUCCACACCGGAGACAAGCCGUUCAAGUGCUCAGAGUGUGGGAAGGCCUUCCGGGUCAGCUCCUUCCUUACCCUGCAUCAAAGAAUCCACACGGGCGAGAAGCCAUAUGUGUGCCAGGACUGCGGGAAAGCCUUCCGGGUCAAACCUAGCCUUGUUGCCCAUGAGAGAAUCCACACGGGAGAAAAACCCUAUGAGUGUUUAGAGUGUGGCAAAAGCUUCCGACGGAGCUCUGAUCUCUUCAUUCACCAGAGUAGACACACUGGUGAAAAGCCAUACCAGUGUUCUGUCUGUGGAAUAAGGUUUGGAGAAACGUCAAAACUCAUCACCCAUUACAGGAUCCACACAGGAGAGAAACCAUAUAAAUGCUCAGAAUGUGGGAAGAGUUUCACUCUAAGCUCUUAUCUUAACAGUCACCAGAGAAUCCACACUGGUGAGAGGCCGUAUGAGUGCUCUGAAUGUGGGAAAACCUUCAGGGUGAGUUCAUGCUUUAGGAAGCACCAGAGAAUCCACACUGGAGAGAAACCUUUCCAGUGCUCUGUCUGUGGGAAAAGCUUCGGUGUAAGCUCACGCCUCAACGCACACAUGAGAAUCCACAGUGGAGAGAAACCGCAUAAAUGUUCAGUCUGUGGAAAAUGCUUCUCUAGGAAUAGCCACCUAAUUGCACAUCAAAAGAUUCACAGAGGAGAAAAGCCAUAUAAAUGCUUGGAGUGUGGAAAGUGUUUCUUGCAGAAUUCCUACCUAACUAUGCAUCAAAGGAUUCGUACAGGGCAGAAGCCACAUAAAUGCAUGGAGUGUGGAAAGUGCUUCUUUAGGAAUAGCUACCUAAUUGCACAUCAAAAGAUUCACAGAGGAGAGAAGCCAUAUAAAUGCUUGGAGUGUGGAAAGUGUUUCUUGCAGAAUUCCUACCUAACUAGACAUCAAAAGGUUCAUACAGGGGAGAAGCCAUAUACAUGCCUGGAGUGUGGAAAGUGCUUCUCUCAUAAUAGCAGCCUAACUGCACAUCAAAAGAUUCAUAUGGGGGAGAAGCUAUAUAAAUGCUUGGAGUGUGGAAAGUGCUUCUCUCAUAAUAGCAGCCUAACUGCACAUCAAAAGAUUCAUACGGGGGAGAAGCUAUAUAAAUGCUUAGAGUGUGGGAAAUGCUUCAUCCGGUAUGGUGACCUAACUAAACAUAAAAAGGUUCACACAGGGGAGAAGCCAUUUGAAUGCUUGGAGUGUGGGAAGUACUUCUCUCGGAAUUGGAGCCUAACUGCACAUCAAAGGAUUCAUACAGGGGAAAAACCAUAUUCAUGUUUGGAGUGUGGAAAUUUCUCUCGGAAUAGUGGCCUAACUGCACAUCAAAAUAUUCAUACAGGGGAGAAACCAUAUAAAUGCUUGGAGUGUGGAAAGUACUUCUCUCACAAGAGUAAACUAAAGCAUAAAAGCAUUCACACAGGGGAGAAGCCAUAUAAAUGCAUGGAGUGUGGAAAGUGCUUCUUUUACAAUAGUAGCCUAACUACACACCAGAAUAUUCAUACAGGGGAGAAGCCAUAUAAAUGCUUGGAGUGUGGAAAAUGCUUCUCUCAGAAAGGGGUUCUUCUAACUGAACAUCAAAAGAUCCAUUCAGUGGAAAAAUUGUACAAAUGCUUCGAGUGUGGAAAGUGCUUCUCUCAUAAUAGCAACCUAACUGCACAUCAAAGGAUACACACAGGAGAGAAGCCAUAUAAAUUCAUGGAGUGUGGAAAGUGCUUCUUUUACAAUAGUAGCCUAACUACACACCAGAAUAUUCAUACAGGGGAGAAGCCAUAUAAAUGCUUGGAGUGUGGAAAAUGCUUCUCUCAGAAAGGGGUUUUUCUAACUGAACAUCAAAAGAUCCAUUCAGUGGAAAAAUUGUACAAAUGCUUCGAGUGUGGAAAGUGCUUCUCUCAUAAUAGCAACCUAACUGCACAUCAAAGGAUACACACAGGAGAGAAGCCGUAUAAAUGUAUGGAGUGUGGAAAGUGUUUCUCUAAAAGUAGCCACCUAAGUAGACAUCAAACGGUUCAUACAGGAGAUAAACCAUAUAAAUGCUUGGAUUGUGGAAAGUGCUUCUCUCACAGUGGCGACCUUCAGAAACAGAGAAAGGUUCACACAGGGGAGAAGCCAUAUAAAUGUUUGGAGUGUGGAAAGUGCUUCUCUCAGAGGGGUGGUCUUCGGCUACAUAAAAGGGUUCAUACAGGGGAGAAGCCAUAUAAAUGUUUGGCGUAUGGAAAGUUCUUCUCUCAGAGGGGUGGUCUUCGGCUACAUAAAAGGGUUCAUACAGGGGAGAAGCCAUAUAAAUGCUUGGAGUGUGGAAAGUGCUUUUUCCAGAAUCACCGCCUAAUUGCACAUCAAAAGAUCCACAUAGGGGACAAGCCAUACAAAUGCCUGGAGUGUGGAAAGUGCUUCUAUUGCAGUAGCAGCCUAACUACACAUCAGAAGAUUCAUACAAGGGAAAAGGUGUAUAAAUGCUUGGAGUGUGGCAAGUGCUUUUCUCUGAAUUGUAGCCUAACAUCACAUCAAAAGAUUCACACAGGGGAAAAGCCGUAUAAAUGCUUGGAAUGUGGGAAGAGCUUUCAUAGGAGUAGUGCACUAAUUAGGCAUCAAAGGAUUCAUACAGGGGAGAAGCCAUAUACAUGCUUGGAGUGUGGAAAGAGCUUUUCUUCAAGUAGCCAUCUAAACAGACAUCAAAAGAUUCAUACAGGGGGAAAGCCAUAUAAAUGCUUGGAGUACGCAAAGUGCUCCUCUAAGAAUAGCCACCUAAGUGAACAUCAAAAGGUUCACAGAGGAGAGAAGCCAUAUAAGUGCUUGGAGUGUGGAAAGUGCUUCUCUCAGAAUGGCCAACUAAAUGCACAUCAAAAGAUUCAUGCAGGAGAAAAGCCAUAUAAAUGCUUGGAGUGUGGAAAAUGCUUCAUCUGGUGUGGUGACCUAACUAAGCACAAAAAGGUUCACACAGGGGAGAAGCCAUAUGAAUGCCUGGAGUGUGGAAAGUGCUUCUCUCGAAAUUGGAUCCUGACUGCUCACCAAAGGAUUCAUACAGGAGAGAAGCCAUAUAAAUGUUUUGAGUGUGGAAAGUGCUUCCCUCAGACUGGACAUCUUAAUGCUCACAAAAGGGUUCAUACAGGGGAGAAGCCCUAUAACUGCUUGGAGUGUGGAAAGUAUUUCUCACGGAAUUGGGAACUAACCGUACAUCAAAAAAUCCACACCGGGGAGUUGACAUAUAAAUGCUUGGCGUGUGGAAAGUGCUUUUCCCUUAAUAGCCACCUAACUGCACAUCAAAAGAUUCACACAGGGGAGAAGCCAUAUAAAUGCUUGGAGUGUGGAAAGUGCUUCUCUAGGAAGGAUCACCUGAGUGAACAUCAAAAGAUUCAUACAGGGGAAAAGCUGUAUGAAUGCUGGGAAUGUGGACACCGCUUCUCUAAUAAUAGCAACCUAACUGCACAUCAAAGGAGUCACACAGGGGAGAAGCCUUAUAAAUGCUUGGAGUGUGGAAGGUCCUUCUCUUCAAGUAGCCAUCUAAAGAGACACCAAACAAUUCAUACAGGUGAGAAGUUGUAUAAAUGCUUGGUGUGUGGAAAGUGCUUUUCUGGGAAUGAUACCCUAACUGCACAUCAAAAGAUUCACAGAGGAGAGAAGCCAUAUAAAUGCUUGGAGUGUGGAAAGUGUUUCUCUCGGAGUGGAAGCCUAAGUGUACAUCAAAAGGUUCACAGAGGGGAGAAGCCAUAUAAAUGUUUGGAGUGUGGAAAGUGCUUCUCUGGAAGUGGCAACUUAAAUCAGCAUCUAAAGAUUCACAGAGGAGAAAAGCCGUUUAAAUGCCUGGAGUGUGGAAAGUGCUUUUUUGUGAAUCACCGCCUAAUAUCACAUCAAAAGAUUCACACAGGGGAGAAGCCAUAUAAGUGUUUGGAGUGUGGAAAGUGCUUCUCUCAGAAUGGCAGCCUAACUGCACACCAAAAGGUUCAUUCAGGGGAAAAGCUGUAUAAAUGCUUGGAGUGUGGCAAGAGCUUUUAUCAGAAUUUCAGCUUAAGGUCACAUCAAAAGAUUCACACAGGGGAGAAGCCAUAUAAGUGUUUGGAGUGUGGAAAGUGCUUCUCUCGGAAUAGUAGUUUAACUAGACAUAAAAAAGUUCACACAGGGUAGUAGUCAUAUAUAUACUUGCCAUGUCUGUGUUUCUUCUCAGUGAACAGAAGCCAAACUAAACUUCAAAAACUAUGUAGCCCCCCCUCCCCAACAUGGUGACUGAACAAGGGAGUAUAAUUAAUAUAUUUCUUAGAACCUCUCUACAUCAAGGAGAGGAAACUGCCAGGCGGGGCUAAUUUAUAGCUCCAGUGACCUGUGCGUGGAUACAUUGAAAGAUUAAUUAGUCUUCUGCCUUUUUCUAGCCUGGACAAACAUUAAUGGCUGUGGAGAAUGGCCAGUAAAAUGCUGCAUAAGUUUUCCCGAUAUUAUCAACUAUGCUUUUAUAUUGUCAAUAGAAGAAUUCUACUUGCACAGUCAGUUUGAUACUUUAACGAAAAACGUUAGAUAAAAAAAAUGUGUUUACUUUUUUAAAUCUUUCAGAUAGCAGACUAUGACUAAUGGAGGAAUAACUUUGAAUGCUGGCUCUCUCUUCCUUACUCUCUUUCCCCCCUCUUUUUAAAGAACACAACCUUCUGAUAUCUACAUUUUUCGCUACCAGCUCUAGUUGGCAAGGUUAUACUGUAAUGAUCUGAGCCUUUCAGAACUUGUAAUAAUGUAUUGUCCGCUAUAAAGAACUACAUGCUGAUUUGUAAUUUGUUCAGAGUGUGAAAUAGACUUAGAUAAGCAGCCAUUUUCUUUUUUCUGCUCAUUGACUAAUCGCUGAGCAGCAAUUCUGGAGAAAAAGAACUUAGAAACUGAGAAAAAAUAAAAAGGCAUCUCUCAUCUGUUCUAGCCUUUGUUAACUCUUAUGUACUUUUGUUUGGGAAUAGGAAGCUAUAUUGUUUCAAAAUAAAAAAAGACAGCUUCCCCCCCCCCCCCAGUUUUCAUCCAAUCCAGUGGAUUCUAAAUGUAUUGAACCAUAAAUAUUACGUGGAACUGUAUAAUAAUAUUGUCUACAAAUAUUAUAUUUUUGUGAGUUACAAAAUAAAGAAUGUACGGUACGAAACUGAG